GACUGUUUACGUCGCGGACAGGUUGUGCUGUGGUGGAGUUAUUGCUCGUACAACUGUGUGAUUAUGCUCGUUAUCGUCGUCUCGCACUAAUCAGCGUCCAGUUGGCCAACGUCGUUGAUCUCUAGUCUCAAAGUGCGUGGUGUGACUCAGUCAGCAUCUGGCCGUCCGCUGUCGGGCUGUGUCGUACUGAUCGGUCAUUUCAAUUAGCCGCCUGAUCGUCCGGCCUUGUUGAUAACGGUUUCCACAUAAUAUCGCGGUAAUGCGCUGACAUAUAGCUCUAGCAUUUGGCAAGACGCGAUUAGUCGCCUAUCUACGCCAAUUAAAAAUCACGCUCUCUCUCUUUUUCUCUCUCUCGAACUUUAACCUGCCUCCGCAGGGAGCAUGCACGCGAGCACGCUACACCCGACGACGACGACGGGUGACGAGUGAUGAGCGUCGAGGAUAUGCUGCACUGUCAUUGUCCAUCCGGCCGAGAACAGACGUUGUGAAUUAGAAGAGCGUAGAGCACGGGGAGUAAGCAAGUAAGCCCAGGGCGGGAUUCGCAGAAUCGCUCAGAUGUCGUUGAAUGAUGACUUCGACAGACCGUUCGAGGACUCCGAGCCGCUGCAGUGGGGCGCGUUGCGGGAGAUUUGCUGUGCCAAUGUCGACUACUUCGCGUCCCACCAGGACGCGAACAGCGUCAGGAUCAAGGCCGCGCUCCUGGCGAUCCUGGAUCACUUGGAUCAACUGCGGCCCCUGUACCGGGAAGUGGCCAAGUUCGCGGUACACUUUGACUACGACGAAGAAAACCCCGGCAAUGGUUACAGGAGUUUCCUCUCGUUGAUCGACAAGGCCAUCCUGCACUGCAAUGUGAUAUGCCAGGAGAUAUUCCGUCAGAAGAAUUCCAUACUGUCCCGCAAGAGUUAUCACAUGAGGGAGAUCGAGGCGUGCUCCCAACUGUUAGCCUCGUUGUACACAUGUUUACAGCAUUUAAAAACGCUUUACGCAUGGAGCACAGAGGUGAUAAGCGAUGGGAAGUUAUCCCUGUUUCCCCCGGAGAACCAUACCAUUCAGGAACUUCUCAGUCAGAUGGGAAAUAUUAAUCAAUACUGCUUCUACGGCAGAUGUUUAGGAUUCCAGUUCUGCGACAGCUUGAAGCAUGUCUUCAAAACUAUAACGUUUGGUAUGGCGUCUUAUAGCGAAGUUUUUUAUAGCAAUGGCACAUUACUAGGACGAUGGAGUAAUUUCGUUAAGUAUUUAUUGGAUCCUGAAGCGAGGGCGCGUCGUGUCGUUAGUAUAUCUCAACAUGCCGAUAUCUCUUUCUGUCAAGCGUUUUGGUUUCUCAACGAAUCUGAAUUACUACCCAGAUUACCAUCUAUAAAGAAGCAUUUAGCUAUCAAUCAAGUGAUAUCCAUCCCACCUGAGGAAUUAAUCUUGCCUACCGUUGACGGAGGAACCGUCUCAAUUCCGAUACCAAAUAGUCACAUAGGAAAGAAACCGAUCCACGUUAGAUUGCUCAGCUCCAAACGGCGCUUAGGAAUGGUUGGAUCUGGGGGGAUAGGGGGAGAGUUACUAGGCCUAAGCGAUGGGCUGAUCAUUCACAGUCACGGGGGUGGAUUCGUGGCGCAAACGUCGCGCUCGCACGAGGUAUAUUUGCGGAGUUGGGCGGUGAAGCUCGGCGUACCAAUUUUGAGCAUAGAUUACAGUUUAGCCCCGGAGGCUCCCUACCCUCGUGCGCUCGAGGAGGUGUUGUACGCCUACGCGUGGGCGUUGAAGCAUGCGAACACGUUACUUGGGAGCACGGUGAAGAAAGUGAUACUCGUCGGUGAUUCCGCGGGUGGUAAUCUAAAUCUCGGAGUCACUUUGAAGUGCAUACAAUUGAAUAUAAGAAAGCCGGACGGCAUGUUUCUGGCAUACGCACCGGUAUUAGUCGAAUUCGUCCCGUCGCCUUCUCGUAUGCUCUGUUUCACCGACCCGUUGUUGCCGUUCGGAUUUAUGUUGCGAUGCUUAAAAGCCUACGUCGCAACCGACAAGAAAGUCACCAAGGAGCAGGAGGUCGAAGAGUGCGCCAAAUCGGACACUGAAUCCUUUGCAGAAAUGAGCGAAAGUGAUCUUAUAGCGCUGGCUCUGAGUCCAAACGGCGACGGCGCGAACGGCGCACAGAAACUAGUAUCCUUACCGUCCGAUUCUACAUUGAACUCCGUCAGUCUGACCGAAGUUGAUGGUACUGAAUGUCCGAAAGGACAGGCAAACUUGCGGGAUUAUAUCAGCCGAUUUGUAGAUAUGUACAGAAACUCAGGCCUCGCUUCGUCAUCGCCCGUUGCGAAUGGCAGUGACGGCAGAGAUGGUAAUAUUUCAGGAAGCGACAAAUCGUGGUCUCUGUUCGGAUGGUCCUUCGGCGGGAAGGACAAUAAGGAGACCAGGGAACUCGAUGUGGAGAGUGGCAGAAGCCCUUUGGAGGAGUUGACCUUUGCGAUACCGAGGGAUCCGUUCUUGAGUCCUUACCUCGCGCCGGACGAUACAUUAGUCCAUCUGCCGCCCAUUAAGUUACUGUCGCUACAGCUUGAUCCUUGUCUCGAUGACAGCGUCAUGUUCGCGCGAAAGCUCCGUUCGCUCGGUAACAAAGUUACGUUGGACAUAUUGUCGGGAUUGCCGCACGGAUUUCUCAAUCUUAUAUUGGUUUCGAAAGAAGCGGCGGACGCCACGGAUCUCUGCGCCACGAGAAUCAAAGAAUUGUUGGAUUUGUAACUGUACACACACACACAUACACACAAUGUGGGCGCGGUCAUAUUAUUGUUAAUACAUGAAUGCUGAUCUAGAGUAAACAGGAGAGAUACUUCAGUGUCGCGGCAACUAUUUAUCCAGCGCGACGAGCACUCUUAUUAUUUUCAACGGCUUACAUCAGCGAUUUGUAACGACGUUUCAUGAAUAAACGAAUAAUGGCCGGAACUUUGAGCUGGUCAUUUUCUACCGUA